UUCGUAUAUAUAUGUUUUUUUUUUGUUCUUUCAUCUUCUUCUUUUUGCUCUCUUUUCCGAGGUAAAGCGAAACUUUAUCUCAAGCCAAGACGCUUGCCCCGCUGAACUGGCAUACCAUCGAGACUCAACCCACUCACGAAAUGGCUACUCCGGCAAAAACAUUUUUAACUCACGAGAAGUGACCUUUUCGCGGUUAGGCGCGGUGAGAACGCACGGAUAGCUGGUGUAACAGGUCACUCGUAAAAAAAAAGAAAAAAAAAAAAAUAAAUAAAUCCGCCCAUUUCCUCAUAAUUUUAAUUUUUUUUUUUACUAUUAUUAUUAAUUAAUGUUUUUUUUUUUUACUGGUUUAGCAAGAAUAACUUGCUCAUGGUCCACGAAAUAAUAAAAUUAAAAAAAAAAUUAUUAGCUCACGUAAUAUGACAUUAGUAAAAAAAAUAUUUUCUAAAAGAAAUUUCGAAAAAAAAAAAAAAAUGAUAUUUCGUCUUGGGAGGGAAUGAAAACAGAAGGCAAAAAGUCAUCAGUAUACAAGGCAGGAGGGAGGGCGGGAGGUAAAUCAUAAUAAGAAGAAAAAGAAGAAGAAGAAGAAGAAAAAAAAAAAAAAUAUUAUAUAUAAAAAUGAGUAAUAAGGUGGAUCGAAGUGUUGGCAGCGGAGCGAGAAAAUCAGAGCGAAGGGAACAGUUUGAUUUGAGAUUGAGUGAGAAAGAGAAUAGAUUAAAUGACCAGAGCAAAAAAGAGAUAGUUAUAUAUUGAGGUUUAUAGUUAAGAGAAGUGCAAUAGAGAGAACUUAAAAGUUUAAACUCAACAGAGUGUGUUGGUCUAUACGACGAAAGGAGAACACAACAAAUGUCUAGUUCGAGCAGGAUUUUACAUGGUCGAAGAAACAAUUUCCCCAUCGACCCCGCGAUAUUCCACCAAGUUGCAAAACAUAUCCGGGACACCACAACAAGACCAUAACGAAAAAUUAUGGACAGUCAAGUCGAGGCGAGUGACAGUGACAUCUUGAUGGAAGCUGACAUGGAACACAGAGCGGAAGAUUUGAGUGACCUGAGGCUGCGUGGAGCAAUGGAUUGUACGGUUGAGCAGGAUACUGAAAGAUCAAGAAAUCGAAAUCCAGGUAGUCAUAAAGAUCAUUUAAUUGAUGAUAAAGUUGAUUAUAAAAUUGCAAGAGAUUAUCGUAUACCUGGACAUCAUCGUAAUAUUGUACACAUGCAUAAUACAACAGAACAUCUUAACAAUACUGAUGUUGAGGUUAAAUUAUCAAGAGAUGUACGUGGUUCAUUGGGUCUUGGAUUAUCAUUAGAACUUUGUGUUGUUUGUGGUGAUAGAGCAAGUGGUCGACAUUAUGGUGCAAUAAGUUGUGAAGGAUGUAAAGGUUUUUUUAAACGUAGUAUACGUAAACAACUUGGUUAUCAAUGUCGUGGUAGUAAAUCAUGUGAAGUUACAAAACAUCAUCGUAAUCGUUGUCAAUAUUGUCGUUUACAAAAAUGUUUAGCAAUGGGUAUGCGUAGUGACUCCUGGGGCUUUUUAGCUGUACAGCAUGAACGUAAACCGGUUAUUGGUGAAACAGCAGGUGCUAAAAUACAAAAUCGUGGUGGAGCUAAUAAAAUGAAACAAGAACCACCACAAGUACCACAAGAAACUUUACCAAUUUGGGAAACACCUGAAAAUUUAAGUGUUGAAGAACAAAGUAGUGAUAGUGAUCUUAGUGAUGCACUUACACUUGCUAGAGAAAGAUUACUUAUAUCACAUGCAUUGGAAGGAAUGGCAAAACUCAUUGGAGAUACAAUUCAUACAGCAAGAGAACCUGAUGAUGAAGAAUGGUCAGGUCAAGUAUUGUUAGAAAGAAAUACUGUUUUUGAGUUAAGAGCACCAAGUCCAGUUCCAACUCCAUCAUAUUUAUCUAUACAUUAUAUAUGUGAGAGUGCAGCAAGGUUAUUAUUUCUUACUGUUCAUUGGGCCAGAGGAAUACCAGCAUUUCAAGCACUUCCUGCUGAGGUUCAAACGACACUUGUAAGAAGUUCAUGGGGACAAAUGUUUACACUUGGUCUUGCACAAUGUGCAUUUACACUCUCUCUUCCAAAUAUAUUGUCAUCAAUUAUAAAUCAUUUACAAGCAAGCAUUGCACAUGAAAAAAUAACACCAAAUCGAGUUAAAUUGAUAACUGAACAUAUUUGUAGACUACAAGAAAGUGUUAGUUCACUUCAUAAAAUGCAAGUUGAUUCUAGGGAAUAUGCAUAUCUUAAAGCUCUAUGUUUAUUUAGUUCUGAUAAUGUUUUGACUGAUGAUUGGCGUAAAAAAGUUGAAGUACUUCAAGAAGCAGCGUGGACAGAAUUACAACAACGUGUUGGUAAUGAAAGACUACCAAAAUUAUUAAUGAGACUUGCACCAUUACGUUCAAUAAAUCCACGUGUACUUGAAGAUUUAUUUUUUGCUGGUCUUAUUGGUAGGGCUAGCGUUGCAAGUGUUGUGCCUUUCAUACUUGGUAUGCAAGACUGCAAGUCUGAUUCAGACGUACAAAUGGGAUGACAAUUGUUAUUUGUGCAAUAAGGGGAGUAACCUAAGAGUUAAGUAAUUUUUAAGAUGAAAAAAAAAAAAUAAAUAAAACAAACAUCUAAUUGAAAAUAUUAGAUAAUAAAGUAACAAUAAAAAAUAUUUUUUAAAAAACGAUUACGUGAAUUUUUAUAAGAAUUUAAAACAACUAACAAUGUUGUACAAGUAUUUUUUGAUUGUAUUUUAAGAAAAGAAAAAAAAGAGAUAAUACAAUAAUUAUUGUUAAAUUAAAUAAAAAAAAACAUUUGGCAUUAAUUGGGACUUAAUAUUUAAAAAUUGCAACGAAAUAAUGCAUAUUUUUUUCUACAAAAUAAUUAAAAUUUAAUAACGUUCAAGUAUUUUAUAUAAUUACAAUUUUUAUACAUAAAAAAGUUAAAAAAACAAAAAUUUAAAUAAGAGAUUUAAAAAUUCUUGAAAUUAUAAAAUGAAAUUUCAAGUUUUAGAAAAAAAUAUGGUCUUGUUGAAAUUAAAUGGUCAAUAUUUUCUAUUUUUAACUUGUUAGUAUUCAAAAAAUAAAUAUUAAUUAUUAAUAUUAAUAAAUCUAAUAAUUAAAAAAUUUGAAAAUAAAUUACGAUCGUAAUGUAUAAGAUAUAAAUAUAUAUAUUUUUUUUUUUGGUCGUAAAAUUAAUGGUGAUUAUUAAAAAAGAAAAAAGAGAAGAAAAAAAAAAAAACGUAAAUAAAACACUUAAUAGUAUUGUACCUGUCGUAAUGCUUUUCAUUAAUAUUUAUAUAUAUUUUUUUUUCUUUUUUUUAAGCAGUGAAAAUUUCAGCACGUCCAUUAGAAUUAAAAAAUUUCUACGAUUUCGUGUUGAUAAGUUUUUUUUUUUUUUUUAAUUACAUUCAAAUAUUUUUUAAUUCAUUAUUAACAAGUUAACUUUUUAUUUACACACUACAUGUUAUUAGUUAUUAAAAAACAAAAAAAUCAAUUGUGAAAAAUAGAAAACGAAAAAAAAAAAAAAAAAUGUAAAACAACAAAAUCGUAGUUUAAAUGUUACACAUGGGUUUUACUUAAUUAAAUGUAAAUUUUUGUUUCCUAUAACUUCAGAUAAUUAAUUUCUGAAUAUAAUUGUUUGUUUUUAUUAUUAUUAUUAUUUUUGCAAUGACAAUUAAAACUUUAUUAUUUAAAAUCAAUUGUAAUAAUCCCAGUUAAAUAAGGGGUGUGAUAAUUAUUUGGAUUUCUAACUAAAAAAAUUUAUAAAGAAAUAUAAUUUUCUAAAAUAAAAAUAGAAAAAUACUUCCUGUAAAGAUUAUUGAACAUAUUGGAAUGGAUUUGAUGGGAUUCAUCUCACAGAAAAUGAUCAUGUUACUGAAAAAUCUCAG